AUGCGACAAUCAGAGUUUAAAAUAAAACUUGACCCUGAAUUGGGUAGAUAUACAAGACAACAUAUUUAUGGAGAAGGUUUAACAGAUGUUUUUAAAUCUUUUGGUAAAAAAAUAUUUGGAAAAACAAUGAAAAAAGCUGCUAAAAAGGGUGCUGAAAAAGCAGUGACAGCAGCUGCAACAAAAACUGGUGAACAUGUAGGUAAAAAGGCUGGUGAUAAAAUAGUGCAAAUGUUAUCCAAAGAAAAGGCUACUCCCUCCAAGAAAAAAGUUACUUUUAAUAAAAAUGUUGAAAAAAUAAGACAACAAGAGAUAGAUCAAACAUUAACUAACCUUCUUAGUGGAGGCUCAACACGUAAGAGAAAAUUAUAUAAUUAUUAAAAUAAAAAUGAAGUCUUUUAGAAAUCCAAAAUAUUUAGAUAGAUAUGAGGAUGUUGUAUUUGACCUGGAACAGUCUCUAGAUACGGCUCCAGCAAAUAACGCUCACCAAACUAAAACAGGUCUUAGAUUUGUUGCUGAUAACACAGGAGAAACUACUCCUUUUGAUUGGUAUAACGCAAGGCUGUCAAUGGAUUUUAAAGUAAAUAAGCUAGCAGAUGGAGGAAAUUUAGCGAUUGCAGACCAUAACGGAAUUGUAAAUGGUAGUAACUCAUUUAUAGAAAAAUUAAGUAUCAUAGCAAAUGGAAGAGAAGUUUAUAGUUGUAACUACGCAAAUCAUAUUGUAAAUAUUAAAAAUAUUCUUGAGUAUAAUCCUUCAUAUGCUAAGAGUGUUGCUACAAACGAAUUUUAUUUUCUUGAUUCAUCAAGAAAUGCAGAGGAAAGAGAAUUUGAAGUUAGUGGCACAAAUCAGCUAGCUAAAAGAAAAACAACUUAUAAUAAAGGUUUUCAUAAAAGAAAAACACUACUAGGUACAUCGGCCACAGUAAACUGUGAAAUUCCUCUUAAUAGAUAUUCUUUCUUUGAAGCAUUGGAAGAUAAACUACUUCCAAAUACAAAAAUUGAGCUAAAUAUCGAAAUUGAAAAAGAUGCAAAUUUAAUUUUUCAAGCAGCUGAUAAUUGUAGAGUUAUUAUAACAAGACUACAACUUUUUAUUCCAAAACUUACGUUUAAUUCAGAAGGACAAAAGUUGUAUAUGGAAAAUUAUCUUAAACCUUACAAAUGGACGUAUUUGAAUGAAGUAAUUGAAAGAUCAAAUAAUUCACAGCAACAGACAGGACAUUUUAGAAUUACAAAUGCUAUUUCAAAACCAAGGCAUGUAUUUGUUUUUGGAAUUAACACGGCAAGAAUUGAUUCACAAACAGCAAAUCCAUUUUUAUACGACACUUUUAAUCUACCAAAUAAUGCUAAUAUAAGAGAUUGCUACCUGGAAGUUGCAAAUGGAAACGAAUACCCAAAUAUUCAUUUUAAACCUUCUACAGAUAUGUCAAGAGUUUUUAGAAAUGUAAUGUCAUACGUCUAUGCAAAUAAUGAUUAUCAAGGUGGAACAUUACUUAAUAUAGGUAACUUUAAAAAUUUAUUUCCUUUUGUUUAUUUUGACCUAACAAAACAAAAAAUGGAUAUCAAAGAUGGUGUUACAAAAUUAGCAUUUCAUUACGAAUUAACUGCUAAUCCAAACGCUGGUUAUAAUAUUUACGCAUUAGUCUUACAUGAAAGAAUAGCAGAAAUAUCACAACAAGAUGGAAAACUAUUGCUUAGGGCUUAA